AGACGAUAGGCAUAUAUGAUGUAGAGGAGAUAGACGAUAGACAUAUACGAUGUAGCGGAGAUAGACGAUAGACAUAUUAUACGAUGUAGAGAAGAUAGACGAUAGACAUAUACGAUGUAGAGGAGAUAGACGAUAGACAUAUACGAUGUAGAGAAGAUAGACGAUAGGCAUAUAUGAUGUAGAGGAGAUAGACGAUAGACAUAUACGAUGUAGCGGAGAUAGACGAUAGACAUAUACGAUGUAGCGGAGAUAUACGAUAGACAUAUACGACGUAGAGAGCCAGAGAGGAGUAGAACAAGAAAAAACUAACGCGGCGACGAUACCCACUCAUUAUUAAAAAUCACAGUACAAUAGUUAAGUUCAAAAUUAAAGAAGCACGACGAUCGUAACUACCUGAAUGACACAAAGUAUCACCUUAUGUGCUCUGCAUUUUGUUGCAGAAUAUAAUACCCUGAGUAGUAUUCCAUUCAAUGUUCCUGAAAAAUAUUUUUUGUUUAGAUAUAGCACUCGGAAACUAGUCUUUAUUUCUCUAUUUUUAUUAUCCAUAUCAAAACGGACUCCGGCUGAUUUCAAAUGAGGACCUAUGUAUAUAAUGACUGUAUAAUGCUCGUUAGCUAAACAAUUAACAUUGUUUAUAGCUGUAAUACUAUGAGCUAAUGGUUUCAGAAUUUGCUAUUGGAGAAUUGAACAACAGACUCUCCAGGCAAUACACAACUCGUUUUCCUCAAGCUUCGUCAGGAUUCGGUCGCUGCGAACGACUUGUUCCACAUCAGUUCCACACUGUCAUCACAGCGAAAGCACAAGAUGGCACCCUCAAGAUACGCAUGAUAAUACUUGCCAGUGUUACGGGUGCAGGAAUUCAAGAAUUCUCAGUUACCAUUGGCUAUAGUCCACACAGGUCCGCAGCUAUAAGACUAGAAGCGUUGCAGCGCAUCAAUAUAUACGCGGUCUUCCGUAACUGCGCCAUCACAGAUGGUGUCGACCAAGAGCUGUGUGCCUGUAAUCUCAAACGGUCAUUCCCAGACUUCACAGCCAUUAAAUUAAUUAGUCAAGGAAAAUACGUGAAUGUCUUUGGCAAACCAUCUCAAAUUCGCAUAGAAAUCAUACGGGAGUCAAGAGACAAAUUCGGGAAAUCUGAGCGUGUUGAAAUAGCGAUCAUCAAACGCAACGUCGGCGAUGCAAGGGUUGUGUACGAGGUAGCUAAUCCAUCCGAAAAGACUGUUUCAUUUUACUUCAGCUUAACUGCAACAAACUGCGACGUAUCUGCAAAUGAAACUCAGCAAGUUACAUUACGCCCAAGAGACAUGAGAUUUUUAUCAAUAGUCGUACCAUGGAGUGGGCCUGUAAAAUGCAGCCACAACUAUAGCCUGACCACAGACUGAUGUCGGCAUGGUACAAUCUAAACAGUGAUAACCUCAUAGCUGGCGUCAAUGCACGUCAUUAAUAUGGAGUAAAGGUCAUACGGAGUCGAGCAGUUUAUUAAAUGAAAUUAGGUUCAUGUCGUAAACCUAAGCGAUUUUUAGGGUGGCUACUAGCAUGGACUCAUAUAUAUAUAUA